AGAAAUUGCUUGAAGUUGAAGCCAGAACUUGGCAUCUGUUCGAUCAAUAUCUUGACAGGAAGUAAGUGCAACACUGCAAGUUCAACUCGAAGGCGGACCUGAAGGCGUCAUGGGGAACGAGCAGCUUCCAUCUGAGGCACCAAUUUCCAUGGAGGAGGAGAUUGCUGUUGGUGGCGAGCCGAAGCAGGGUCCUCAGACUAACGCCGUCGCGAAGCUGCUUUGUGAGGUGAUGGCGGUUCAGGCGGAGCGUGUGAAGACAUACGGCGAGUUUGAGCAGGGCUUUGCCACCUAUCGCACGUCUGACGAUGAGCAAUCUUACGUCGCACUGUGUCAGCAUGUGACCCAGAAAUUCAAAGACUGCUCACAGCAGAUCAUCCAGAUUGAGGCCGCACUGAAAGAAGCAGACGUGAACAGGGCGGACCUUGCUGAAACCCUCCGUGCACUCCAGUCUCAAGAGAAGAAGAAGCUGCACAUGACCGCCGUUUUGCAAGUCCUGAAGAAGGCCGGGCGCCCCUCAGAGCGGUCGAGCGAGCUCCGGGAGCAGUUGCGGCGGCAGCAAGGCCACCAGUGCCUUUCAGAAGCCGCGCUCAAUGGGGCAGCUGCGCAGUCAGGCGGCCUGACGGAAUCUCAAGAAGAAGCGGAGUACGAAGCCGCCGUGGGGGAGGCGACGCAGGGGGUGCAGGAUGCGGUGACGGAAAUAAACGAGAAGCUGGAGGAAAUCAGGUAUGAGCUUGCGGAUUUAGAAGAGCCUGCGGAAGCGGAUGGUUUAGAAAAGCCUGCAGAAAGGGGGGCGGUUGCGGGGGACGGCUUGCAGGCGGAAGGAGAGGGCUUGCAACCGAGCAUAGGUCAAUGACAGGAGGUGGACAAAGUAUUCUCGUGCGCUCUUGCACAUGUAAGUCGGUCGAGACCAACAAAUGUACGAGCAGCCUCGCACAGGACCGGCAGAGAAGAGUCGUAUUGAAGAUGCAAGCCAGAACAAAAGUGCAUGUUAGAAUCGACAUCGCCUAGGAAGACUGCAGUGACUAGUCUCGACAAUGCUCUAUCAAGUGUCUGUGACUUCUGGAAUGACCAUGGCAUAUACUUGUGUCAUAGUGACGGC